AUGGAUCAGUUCAACUUGGAUUUUACUUCCCGUGAUGACUCUCAGGAGGGAGGGGUGUCCCUCCCGCAGUCUUUGCCCCAGGACCCCUUGAUGGUCUUUCCUAACCCACCGGGGAACUAUGGCUACGGUAACAUGUUGUCGCAGGACGCCAAUAUGUCUCUGAAUGCCUAUGGUCGUCCAGGACCACAGGGGGACCUGGAAGGUCGUCUCUCUAAUGUCAUGUUGGCUUAUGACGCUACCAAUCCGGCCAUGCAGAUGGGCAUGGAUCCCAACGCCUUCAACUACGUGCCCACCACGUACCCCGCCACCUCCAUGGGCCUCGCGCCGAUAGACCAACCGCAACUUCAUCCCUCUUUCUCGCCCUUCCAACCCUUACCACCGCACCCGCAGUAUCUUCAACAACCGCCACCGCUACAGCAACACCAACCCCAACCCCAGCAGUCACCACUGCAAGCGCAAGCGCAACCACAAGCACAAGCACAACAACAGCAGCAGCAGCCUCCGAGGCUACCUCCACCACGCACCGAACCGGACAACAGUGCUGGCACUGGCUCUUCAGGGAGCUUUGGAGAUUCAGACUUCUCCCGAGCAAGCGAUCAGUCUCAGGCCCGACCCCGACCCGUUCAAGAGCGCGCCCGACAGCCCCCGUACGCGCCCACAACCCUGCGGCCUCUUCAACCCCUCGCAAUACAACCCAAGAAGCCAGUGCACAAAGACCAGUCUCCUGGAUUGAGUACUCCUGAUGCCGGCCACACGGAGCACACGGGCAUCUACUCCAGCAGUGGCUUUGAUGUUCUGGGGGUUUUGAGCCGAGUGGCAGUCCGUCCGAAUCCCAAAAUCAACAUUGGUGCCGUUGAUUUGUCAUGUGCCUUUGUUCUUUGCGAUAUUCUACGGGAAGAUCAUCCGAUUGUGUAUGUGUCAGAGGCCUUUGAACGGCUGACUGGCUACACCAAAGAGGAGAUUGUCGACCGCAAUUGCCGCUUCCUGCAGGACCCGAACGGCAGUUUGAAGGCUGGUAUGAAGCGGACCUUUGUUGAUGGACAGACAGUUUACCGCUUGCGUUCAACUAUUGAUGAACGGAGUGAGAUCCAGGCCAGUAUCAUCAACUACCGCAAGGGUGGCCAGCCCUUCAUGAACCUUAUCACCAUGAUUCCCAUUCAGUGGAACUCGGAAGAAUAUCGGUUUUACGUUGGUUUCCAGGUCGAUCUGGUCGAGAAACCGGAUGCGAUCACGCGGAGAAACCCUGAUGGCACCUACAGUAUCAACUAUCAACGGGAUCAGCUACCGCAGUAUAUGGUACCAUCACCAGAGAUUUACCGGAUGCGACCUGAUCUUGCGACCCAGUUUGGCCAUGACGAAGUGACGGCCAUCCUCAAUGCCGUAGGUGUCCCUGGCUCGAGUCUAUCGCGAAACUACUUGGAUCGCAUUUUGGUUGAGAACACCGAUGAUCUGAUCCACGUGUUGUCCUUUAAUGGCGAGUUCCUAUACCUCUCACCAUCCUGCAAGCGGAUUCUGGAAUACGAUUCCAUUGAGCUGGUGGGGAAGACAUUGUCGACGGUCUGCCAUCCUAGCGAUAUUGGACCCGUGAUCCGUGACCUGCGGGCGAGCACUACACCGGCCCCGGUUAGCGUUGUGUAUCGCAUCCGCCAAAAGUAUCGAGGAUACAUUUGGUUUGAGAGUCAUGGUGCCUGGCAUAUUGAUCCCAACCAAGGCCGCAAGUAUCUCGUGAUGACUGGCCGUCCACGACCGGUGUAUGCGCUGGAUCAAAUCGCCCGCCUGGGCUCCUCGGCGGCGCUCGCCGAAAAUGACGUGUGGGCUAAAAUUUCCUUGUCUGGUGUCAUCUUGUUCGUGACAACCAAGUCCAAACCGGUGCUAGGACGCACCCCCGAUGACUUGGUCGGUAAGAGCCUGCAAGAUCUUAUGGAGCCCGAAGAUGGUCCCGACGCCAUUUCGGAAGCCCUAGAAGCGGCUGCGUCGAGUUUCAUCCACGAGAGUGACAAUGCCAGUGACAAAACCAAAAAGGAACCACCGUCGUUCCGACACCAAAUCCGACACAAAAAGGGCCAUGCGCUUUCUGCCCACACCACUCUCUACGCUGGUGACUCUGCGAACGGCCUCAGACCCUCAUUCCUCGUUGCUCAAAUACGAUUCGCACGAGCAUUCCCACCGUCUGCUGCUGCCACAGCUGCCGCCGAGGAUGAUGCCAUGGCCGAUAUUCCCGGCACCAGCAAGAGUACCACCCUCACCACCUCUGACUCUAACCCUCCUCGCCAGUACGGUGCCCUUGGGCAGCGUAUGCCCGAUCUCUCCACUCUCAUCGGCUUGAAUGGUCUACCCACUGGCAACCGCAGCCUCUCUCCCUCCGAUUCACCUGCCACCCUGUUCAUUGAAUUGAAUCCCACUCGCGGAUCCAGCUGGCAGAUUGAAUUGCGUGAACUCGAAAAACAGAAUCGAACUUUAACCGAUGAGCUACAGCGUCUGGUGAACCGACGCAAAAAGCGAAAGCGGAAGCAGAUUGCCAUCUCGGUGGAGAAAUCGUGUUCAAUGUGCAACACCAAAAACACCCCCGAAUGGCGUCGUGGUCCGAGCGGGAAUCGAGACCUGUGUAACAGCUGUGGCUUGCGAUGGGCGAAACAGAUGCGCAGUCAGAAUCCACCUCAAGCAUCGUCCUCGGCUCUAGAACUGAAGUUUGGUGCGGUCUGA